UGCUACACGGCACCUCCCCCCGGGGACCAUCGGUGCCCAGUCUGCGACAAAAAGUAAACAUAGCCGCCUCCCUGGGUAUCUACUGCACUUCGUACCCAAACCGAGCUCGGUAUAAAUGCGCUUAAUGCCUCAAAAACUUCAAGCCACUGGGCAUUGACGAGCGGCUCGACUGGAUUACAUUACCUUGGUAGGUACCUACCUGACCUGUGGGUAAUUGAGGGCCUGGCCGCAGCCACCAAUCGCUUAAUACCUACUGCCCGCUCUUGUGACCCGCCUGAUUCCUGUCCUCCUGUCCACCUACCUCUAGGCGUCGGACUCAAUCUCCAUUCAUCAGUGACGGGGCAGUCGCGAAUCGCCUACGAAUCACCUAUCCGAACCCAAUAACUCGGAGCCCAGCAUGACGUCCAAAUCAGACGUUACCUACGAGCAGCGCGGUGAACUCCACAAGAGUCCCGUCGCGAAGCGCCUCUUCAGCAUCGCCACGUCCAAGAAAUCGAACUUGGUGAUAUCGGCAGACCUCACGGACAGCAAGAGCCUCCUCAAAUGCGCAGAUGACCUCGGCCCUCUCAUCGCAGUCUUCAAGACCCACGUUGACCUCGUCCACGACUUCAACGAGGACACAAUCCGUGGGCUCAAGACUCUGGCCGAGAAACACAACUUCCUCAUCUUCGAGGAUCGCAAGCUUGUGGACAUCGGAAGCACGGUCCAGAAGCAAUACCACGGAGGCGUCCUGAGGAUCUCCGAAUGGGCGGACCUCGUGAACCUUAGCAUCCUGGGCGGGGACGGGAUCGUCGAGGCGCUGUCGCAGACCAUCAGCGCCCCCGACUUCCCCUACCCCGAGCAGCGCGCGUUCCUGAUCCUCGCCGAGAUGACCUCCAAGGGCAGCCUGGCGACGGGCGCUUACACGAAGCGCUGCGUCGACCUAGCCAGGGAGCACCCGGACUCGAUGCUCGGCUUCGUCGCGACGCGGUCGCUGUCCGGGGACGGCGGCGGCUGCCGGGCGGACGAGGACUUUGUGGUAUUCACGACGGGCGUCAACAUGGAGAGCAAGGGCGACAAGCUGGGCCAGCAGUACCAGACCCCGGCCGGCGCCGUCGCCAACGGGGCCGACUUCAUCAUCGCGGGCCGGGGAAUCUACGCGUCCGAAGACGCCGUGUCUGCCGCCGAGGCGUACCGAAAGGCUGGCUGGGAAGCGUACGAGAAUCGGACCAAAACUGGAGCCUCCUCCACCUAGGAGAGGUGGUGCUUGUCUAUUUGCGUUUUUAAGACUCUAUGGAUUAACCUGGGCUGCUUUCUAAAGAAGGGGCAUUUUCUCGUUAACACUUUACGUAGAAAAGUUCAUGAUUAGGUAGUCUUGCAAUCCUCGCUUGCGUUGCGAACCCUGGCCUCAAACUCGACCAG